CGGCAGCGAGCAGAGCGGAGCAGUGCAUCCCGGGAUGCCGGAUCUCCAUGCGCCACGUGGGGCUGACAGCCGUCCUUGGCUGCGGGGCUGCACCAGCUUUUCCCUGCCCUGCCUUCCCGGGGAUGCCGCUGGGCCGUCACCUCUGCUCCCUUCCCUACCCGUCUCCUGCAGUGCCGUUCCAUCAGGCUGCAGCUCACAUCACUUCUGUGGCCAGAUGCCAUCCUCCCGAGUUGCGGCCCCACAGAUGCAAAGCAGUGCCGUGUGUGACAGUGGGCACCGGGCUGCCGGUGGAGCUGGGAUGCGUGUCCCCCUGCUGGGGCCAGGGGACGUGGUGACGCCCGUGUGGGGCUGCGCAUCACUUGGGGAGGCUGCCCAGGGUGCUGUGCCCAGGUCCAACAUGGCUGCCUGCAGCUGGCUGCGCUCCAUCCCCUCCGAAUAAGAGAAAGGAGGAUGAAAGCAGCCUCACCAGGGCACGCUGAUGCCUGGCUCCCAGGGCGCAUCCAUAUGAUAUCUGACUGGGGAGCCCCAGGUGGGAACCGUGGCUGUCCCCAUGUCCUACCUAAGCAGAGGGUGGGGAGGGUCCCACCACCCCAUGAGACCAUCCUGUGCACGCAGAGGGUAUUCACUGUCAGCUGAGAUCCAUGCAGGGCUGAGGGACACAGAGCCCUCGGGGGCGUAAAAACAAAGCACUGCAGGAUGAGCUGCUGGUUCUGGUUUGGCUUUCCUUUCUCCUGGGGAUGUGAUGAGCAGUGCACUCUCUGGGAUGAACCGAUGCACCUCAAACACCUUUGGAAAGUUUCUUGUGCAUGGAGCAUGCUUCGACUCCGUGUUACUUAACAGCAGCAAGGAGAGGAAAGUGCUGUAUUUCCAGCUCAGCUCCAGCUGAAUUCUGAUCUCCAUGGAGCACAACUUGGCCGAGGUGAAAGCAGAAAUUCCCCAGCAGCGGGGCUGACCUCGGAGGCAAAACUUGUAUCUCGCAGUGACGGUGCCGUGGAGGCGGGCGGCCCUGCCCCGCUGCCCCGCUGCAGUGGGACGGGGUGAGGAGCAGCGGGCUCCUGGGUGACGAGCUGUGUGGGGUGAUGGGCGCCCUGCUGCUGGGGCGUCCCAUACUGGCCUGCAGCUGGCUGUCUCGACUCCCACUGCUGGGGACAGUGCUUUCUUUAAUCCUUACGUUCUUCUUCUUCUUGUGCCCGCUCCCAUCCCGCGGUGGCGGAUCUCUCCCCGCACGCCCACAGUCAGCAGCGCACCCCGCGCCCGCUUUACCGCAGCACCGCUGGGGAUCCCCCGUAGUGGCGGGGCCGGCCGAGCCGGUGGAGCCGGUGCUGCCUGGCAGUCCGCCCGGCUGCGGGGAGCGGCUGCUCCCACCGCGUGUCUCGGCAUCGCCCAGCCCGGCGUGCCGCGUCCUGCCGGCUGUGGGUGUGCCGGGGUGCCGCGGGGAGCCCGGGGGGGGGUGGCGGCGUGGGAGCCCCCCGCCGCCCCCGGGUUACCUUAAGGGGCGAGGGAGGCGGCGGCGUGCAGGGGGACCGGUUCGUGGCAUCGCCUUCCAUCUCGAACCCGGUGACCGCUGGGCCUGCCUGAGUGGCAGAUGGUGGCUGCCUGGGGACCCGCCGGCCGGGCGAUUAUUCACCCGUCUCCAUGGCGAUAGAAAGGCUGUUCCUCUAAGUCAUUCAAGCUGUACUCGCCAAAGGAGCCCCCGAACGGCAACGCCUUCCCCCCAUUCCACCCGGGCACCAUGCUGGAUCGAGAUGUGGGACCUACUCCCAUGUACCCACCUACAUACCUGGAGCCUGGCAUUGGGAGGCACACGCCGUAUGGCAAUCAGACUGACUACAGGAUAUUUGAGCUCAACAAGCGGCUGCAGAACUGGACAGAGGAAUGUGACAAUCUGUGGUGGGAUGCCUUCACCACGGAGUUCUUUGAGGACGAUGCCAUGCUAACAAUCACUUUCUGCUUGGAGGAUGGACCAAAGAGAUACACAAUUGGCCGGACUCUGAUACCCCGUUACUUCCGCAGCAUCUUUGAAGGAGGGGCCACAGAGCUCUACUACGUGCUCAAGCACCCCAAGGAGUCCUUCCACAACAACUUCGUCUCUCUGGACUGCGACCAGUGCACCAUGGUCACCCAGCAUGGCAAGCCCAUGUUCACCCAGGUGUGCGUGGAGGGGCGGCUCUACCUGGAGUUCAUGUUUGAUGACAUGAUGAGGAUAAAGACGUGGCAUUUCAGCAUCCGCCAGCAUCGAGAGCUCAUCCCCCGCAGCAUCCUUGCCAUGCAUGCACAGGACCCCCAGAUGCUGGACCAGUUAUCCAAGAACAUCACCCGCUGUGGGCUCUCAAACUCCACACUCAACUACCUCCGACUCUGUGUAAUCCUAGAACCAAUGCAGGAGCUCAUGUCACGACACAAGACCUACAGCCUCAGUCCCCGGGACUGCCUCAAGACCUGCCUGUUCCAGAAGUGGCAGCGGAUGGUCGCGCCGCCUGCGGAGCCGGCGCGGCAGCAGCCCAGCAAGCGCCGGAAAAGGAAGAUGUCGGGGGGCAGCACUAUGAGCUCCGGCGGUGGAAACACCAACAACAGCAACAGCAAGAAGAAGAGCCCCGCCAGCACCUUCGCCCUGUCCAGUCAGGUACCUGAUGUGAUGGUGGUAGGCGAGCCCACGCUGAUGGGGGGGGAGUUUGGGGACGAGGACGAGCGGCUCAUCACCCGGCUGGAGAACACGCAGUUCGAUGCCGCCAACGGCAUCGACGACGAGGACAGCUUCAACAACUCACCCGCGCUGGGGGCCAACAGCCCCUGGAACAGCAAACCGCCAUCCAGCCAGGAGAGCAAGUCAGAGAACCCCACGUCGCAGGCGUCGCAGUAACGGCCCCGCGCCCCCCUCCCCCCCUUCCCGCGGACUCAGUCCCAACCGAUCUACCUGUACAUUUGCAACGGAGAGUGACUGGGAAGCGGCGAGGUACCGGGGCGGAUCGGCGCCGCGCCGCGGCGGGACCCACGGUUGGGGGCACGCGUCUGCCGCCGCCGCCCCGCUGCCCCCGCGCCUGCUGCCCCCAGACCCCGGGCAGGGGCGGGUGUCGGGGCCGUAGCUUCGUUAUUCCCCCUUCCCCCUCCCCGCCUCUUCGUCCCUGGAGAGCCUCUCGUGUCCCCUCCCGCUGUGCCCAGCCCCUGCCUGCUGAACGGGGCGCGGCGGGGCUGCGGACCCUUGCGGUGGGGUCCGGCCUUCCUCCUCCUCCUCUCCCCUCCUGGUCCGACAGCGGUGUUUGCAGUGCGCGCACCUCCACGCGUGCGCGUGCCUCCGGCGCAGCCUGGGGCCGGGGGGGGCCGGCCGAGGACAAAGCCUCCGCUGCUGUGGCGCCGGGGGGGUCGGCCACCGGGCGUUCCCCGCUCUCCUGCCCCCCGCUCGGUCCCCGUCCCCUCGCUCCCCCCAGCAGGGCCCUGCUGGGGACUGUGUACAUAGGAAGCUCCCGGCAGGGAGGGAGCUGGGGGGUGUGGGGUGUCCGAGGCCAGCGACCCCCACGUCUCCACCCGGAGUCCCUCGGUGACCUCCGGCUCCCGAUACCUCCUACUUUUGUCUGUUUUUUGUUUUCGUUUUUGUUUUUGUUUUUUUUUUUUAAAUAAUAUUAUUAAAAUUGUAAGUUUAAAAAAAAAAAUGGGACAAGCCCUCCCCUCGCCCCCGACCCCCCUCCGCCCCCCCCCCGGCCAGUGCCCCCUCCCUGCCCUGAGCGCUCUCACCCUGUCCUGACUUUUGUACAGGCUUCUUCUCUUGGGAGUCUCGUUUUAUAUCCAGUUCGGAGAGCUUCAAACCAAGGAGAGACUUUGCAGACUUCCUUUCUAAUCCCUCCAGGGGGUGGGGGGCAGCCCCCCGCCUCCCUCCUCCAUGUAAAUCUUGUGUGCUGUUGUCCCCGCUCCUCCCCCCCCCGGUUCGUGUACCUCGUGCUUGUACAUUUCCGCGCUGUAGACAGUGUGUACGAUACUGUUCUUUCAAUGUGUUAUCACUAGAGCAGGUGCCUCCAUUGAUGUUAGGGGAAACAAUGAGAAUAAUAAUAAUUUUUUGGGGACUUUUUUUUUUUUUUUUGGUUUAAAAAAAAAAAAGAAAAAAAAAAAGAGGAAAAAAAAAAAAAAACAAAGUAAUUUCCUUCCAAGGCUUCUUCCAAGGUGAAGAUUGAAGGCGAUGGGGAGGGCGUGUGUGUGUGUGUGUGUGUGUGUGUGUGUGUGUGUGUGUGUGUGUGUGUGUGUGUGUGUGUGUGUGUUGGCCAGACCCCACUGCAUCUUCGGUAGGGCACUGUGGGGCGAGCUGGGGGUCUGGCUGCAUGUGUGCCCCCCUGGUACGUCCCCGGGUUGGGAGUGCAGCACCCCCACGGGGUGGCUGGGGCUGUGCUGGGUGCACGUGUGCAAGAGUGUGUGUGUGUGGGAGUGCUGAGGGUGAGUGUGCAAGGGAACGGCUUGGGGGGGUCUGCGCUCUGCUCUCUCUGCCAGCCCCCUCCCAGCGCCAUGCUGGGGGGGCAACAGCCCAUGAGCCCCGCGAGGCUGGAUCGGAGCUGUCGAGGGAUGCCCCAUGACCUAUAUGGGGUGCAACCUACAUCUCACCCGGGUCAGGGGUGGCUGUGCUGGGGGGACCCCGUUGUCCCCCCCUCCCUCCUAUGGGGGUGGGAGACGGUGCCUGAGCCCCUUGGCUCAGCCUUGGCCCGAUCCCACGUCCCUCUUGGGGGCUGAGGUCUGAGCCCUGCAGACCCCAACCAUGAGGACACCACCAGGGGACGCUCCCGUGGCACCGGGGGCGUUUGUGCUUCGCAGUUAGGUACGAUGGGUGCUGGGGUUCCCACAGAGUGGUGAUGUGACCCCUUGCCGCCCACCCCCCUCCCCGGGCACACUGUAAUGCCUUUUUCUUUCUUUCUUUCUUUUUUUUUUCUCCCCACUCCUUCCCCCCAUAGUUUGUGCCAUUUAUGAGUCAUGUAUGGUACCAAUAAAACGACUUUUCGGUUU